UUACACUUGGCACAAUGCAGUCAGGCAAGUACCAUUCUCCUGGCAACCGCCAAACCCAGACAUGUUCAGGGGAUUGCCAGACAGAGAAGUGUGAUACGUCAAUCCAGAGAACACAUCUUCACUGCUCUAGAGACCAGUCAUGCAUGGCUGAGCUGCUGUUGUUCCCAGUUGCUUCCACUUUGUUAUAAUACCACUAACAGUUGACCGUGGAAUAUUUAGUAGCAAGGAAAUUUCAUGGAUGGACUUAUUGCACAGGUUGCAACCUAUCACGGUACCACGCUUGAAUUUACUGAGCUCCUGAGAGAGACCCAUUCUUUCACAUAUGUUUGUAGAAGCAGUCUGCAUGCCUAG